GGUCGUUGAAAGGCAGAAUCUUUGCAAUGCGCGAGUGGCUUUUGCGGAGCACGGCGGGUCUACCGCUGGCGUAUCGUUGCUUCCUCGUGGUUGUGCUGGCGAACUUGGUGUCAUCCGAUGGCCCGGAAGAGGACAUCUUCUUCGAAAUACUUCAUCCCGAGAGCCUGCGGUACACGUUUCGUGUGAGGCCAGCGCGCGAGUUCGGUUCGCCGUUUGCCGUCCAGCUAUCCCACGUGGGCCUAGUGUUGUCCGAGCCGCUGCAGGGCUGCGGCAGCUUCGUCAACCGUCUCGAGCUUCGCGACAAUGCGGUGCUCGUCGAGCGCGGCGGUUGCUCGUUCCUGACCAAGUGCGUGGAGGUGCGCCGCCAAGGAGCGCUGGCCCUCAUUGUGGCAGACAGCGACCCGUUCAACGCCGAUCGGUACGUGGACAUGAGGGACGACGGCACGCGGCGUAACUGUAGCAUACCUGCCGCGUUCCUGCUGGGCAGGGACGGCUACAUGAUUCGCCGGGGCCUGGAGGCACACGGCCUUCGCCGAGCGCUCAUCAACAUCCCGGUCAACGUUAGCGGUGUGUCUGGUCAACGGCUGCGUCAGCCACCGUGGCUUGGAUGGUUGGCUGAGUGGGUGGAAAACGCUAUUCGGUACCUGCACGGCGAGUGAGCGCGCAGCGGGCGGCUCCCACGCCGGGACCUUCAGACCAAGCCUGCCGGCAGCUCCGCGGGCAUGCUGGACGACCCAGAGUUGGUCGGCCAGGAGGCGCG